AUGACAGACUAUAACUUUGGUUUAGAUGCAGAUUUAGCAAAUAAAAGAGUUGCAUUAUAUGAUAAAGAUUUAGAAAACGAUACCAGAUCUUGGAUUGAAUCACUCAUUGGUGAAAAAAUUAAUGGAGAUUUAAUGGCUGCAUUAAAAUCUGGUGUUAUCCUUUGCAAAUUAGGUAACAAGAUUGCCCCAGGAUCAUGUAAAUCAUCACCAUCAUCAGCACCAUUCGUUCAAAUGGAAAACGUUAAUAACUUUUUAAAUCUCUGUAAAAAACAAGGUGUUGCAACUACUGAUCUUUUCAUGACUGUUGAUUUAUAUGAAGGAAAGAACCCAAAUCAAGUUAUUCAAGGUCUUCAAGCACUCAAAAGAAUAACUUCAGGUGGUGGUAAACCAACUACAACUGCUAAAUCAGCUCCAACACCAUCUACUAUUUUUGAAACAACCUCAAAGAAUACUACAAGUUUUUGUUCACAAUGCGGUACCAAAGCCGUCAGUGGGGCUCGUUUCUGUGGUAGUUGCGGUACUGCCAUUUAA